AUGCCCACAAGAGCGUUAUGCCAUCGAAGAGUAAAUCAGGGGAAAGUCCAGUCAACGCAGGUUGACAGGAAAAGAAGAGGAGCUGCCUUACAACAACAGCAACAAUGGCGGCGGGAAAUUGGGCAACCAUUUCGAGGUACACUUGCCUUUUCGCUCUAUACCGCUACUUCGGAUGUCGUUGGCCUCACCAUCACACGACUGCAAGAGGUGACCCUAGCAUCUGAUGGUGACUUUUUCUAUCUUCAUUGUUGGAGUCGAUGUUGUUCGCCUUGGUCCGUGGCCGUUUGCGCUUACUUUCUGUUACUUUGUUUGUGGUUUCUGGCGUAUAUACGUGUGUUAUUUUGGAUCAGCUAUACUAUCCUGUACAAGACUCAAUACCGGGGAAAUCAGCAACUCCAGUCGGGACUCAUCGCUGAAACACCUACCUGUACCACCCACGAUCUAUAA